AGCGCAGCCUGGCAUUGCGACAACACUUCUCUUCUAGAUACCCGCACACUUUCGAUACCACCUUUCCUCCUCCAUUUGCGUACGUUUCGCGCCGCAGACGGCAUAGACUGCGCUUCUGUCGCGCAGCAAUCUCUUCACAAUGACCGAGGUGAUUAAGGACGAGGAUUUGCGCCGGCGCAUAAGGCUCGCCGAGGAGUUUUUGGAUCCACAGGAUGUCGCCGCACGAAGCUACCGACCAGAUAUUCUGGUGAUGCUGAAUCGCGGCCAGAGGAGGCUCACAGUCAGCUUAGACGAGAUCCGAGCACACAACCGCGAGCUGGCAGACGGCAUCCUCAACCAGCCCUUCGACUUCGUAGAAGCCUUCGACCGCGCCCUUAAGAACGUCGUCAAGACCCUUCCAGACAGACCAAAGUACGAGACCUCUGACGAUGUGGUAUAUUACUGCGCCUACAUCGGCAGCUUCGGCGAGUUCUCGUGCAAUCCGCGAACCCUGAGCUCGAACCAGCUGAACCAUAUGGUCUCGCUGGAAGGCAUUGUGACCAAGACGUCGCUUGUGCGGCCGAAGGUGGUCAAGAGCGUGCACUAUAGCGAGAAUAAGCAGAAGUUUCACUUCAGAGAGUACAGGGAUCAGACAAUGACCAUGGGCGCCGCGAGCACGAGCGUCUACCCGACUGAAGACGAAGAGGGCAAUCCGCUCAUCACCGAAUAUGGCUACUGCAUCUACAGAGACCACCAGAGCAUUUCUAUUCAGGAAAUGCCAGAGCGAGCGCCUGCCGGGCAGCUGCCGCGCUCCAUAGACGUGCUGGUGGACGACGACCUCGUUGACCGUGUCAAGCCUGGCGACAGGAUCCAGCUGGUGGGUAUCUACCGUUCGCUCGGUAACCGCAAUGCUUCGUCCGGCAGCUCGACCUUCCGCACUGUGGUCCUGGCGAACAACAUCAUCCUGCUCUCCUCAAAGUCGGGCGGUGGCAUUGCACAGGCGACCAUCACUGACACGGAUAUCCGUAACAUCAACAAGAUCGCCAAGAACAAGCGAGUAUUCGACCUGCUGUCCCAGUCCCUGGCUCCCUCAAUCUACGGCCAUGACUACAUCAAAAAGGCCAUUCUUCUCAUGCUCCUUGGCGGUGUAGAAAAGAACCUCGAAAACGGCACCCAUCUCCGAGGAGACAUCAACAUCCUCAUGGUCGGCGACCCCUCAACCGCAAAAUCCCAACUACUCCGCUUCGUCCUCAACACCGCGCCCCUCGCCAUCGCCACAACGGGCCGUGGAUCCUCCGGUGUCGGUCUCACAGCAGCCGUUACAUCGGACAAGGAGACAGGCGAACGACGUCUAGAAGCUGGUGCUAUGGUUCUCGGUGACCGCGGCGUCGUCUGUAUCGAUGAGUUUGACAAGAUGUCCGACGUUGACCGCGUUGCCAUCCACGAAGUCAUGGAGCAGCAAACCGUCACCAUCGCCAAAGCAGGCAUCCACACCUCGCUCAACGCCCGUUGCAGCGUCAUUGCAGCCGCAAAUCCCAUCUUCGGUCAGUACGACAUCCACAAGGACCCACAUCGCAACAUCGCGCUUCCAGAUUCACUUCUCUCGCGUUUCGAUCUGCUCUUCGUCGUUACAGACGACAUCGAAGACGCCCGCGAUCGCCAGGUCUCAGAGCACGUCCUCCGCAUGCAUCGGUACCGACAACCGGGAACUGAAGAGGGCGCACCCGUCCGCGAAGAAGGCGCACAGCUCCUUGGCGUGGGUCUCGACACCGAUACUGACGCCAAUCGCCCGACGGAAGUCUACGAGAAAUUCAACCCUAUGCUGCACUCGGGCGUCACUAUAACCGUUGGCCGCGGCUCUUCGCGCCGCACGGAAGUCCUCUCUAUCCCCUUUAUCAAGAAAUACAUACAGUAUGCCAAGCGCGAGAAACCGGUCCUUACGCAGGGCGCUGCCCGCCACAUCACUGAAGCGUAUUCCGCGCUGCGAAAUGAUGAACUGGACGCUGGAACCCGCCGCACCUCACCUAUCACUGCGCGUACGCUGGAAACGCUUAUCCGUCUUUCCACCGCGCAUGCGAAAGCGCGUCUGUCUAAGCGUGUAGAGCAGAAGGAUGCAGAGGUCGCGGAGCAGAUCCUCCGUUUCGCCCUAUUCAAGGAGGUCGUGGAGGCUGAGCGCCGUAAGCGGCGUCGCAUCACCCGCGAUCCGGAUGCAAUGUCCACGGAUGAGGAUUCCUCGGAUGACGAUGAGGACGGCGAUGAGAGGCAGACGACGCCGCCGCGGAGGGCGGGCGGUCCGAGCACACGCAGCCAACGUACACCUCGGAUCUCUGCAGUCGACGAAGAGGACGAGGAGGAAGAAGAUGAGAACGAGGAUCUCUACCGCGUGACGCCAAAGACGCAACGCACCACCCAGUCCCGUACCACCACUACCACACAACCCUCCCGCAAAACGGGCGCGACAUCCUCACAGCUCAGCGCCGCAUCUUCCCUCCCCGCCUCCCAACUCCCCGCCACACAAUCCCAAGACUCGCAGGGCAUCAACCCCGCGCGUCUCCAGGUCUUCCAAACAGCCGUCGGUCAGCUGAUCGACGGCCCGUUGUUCGCAAAUGACGCCGCGGACGUAGAGCCGCUGGUGGCCGCUGUGAAUGCGCGUCUGGGAAGCGGAGCGGGUCGCGAGCCGUUCGGCGAAGAGGAGGCGGAGAAGGCGCUCGAGGCGCUGAGUGAUAGGAAUAAAAUUAUGUAUAGUGGGGGGAUCGUGUAUAAGAUUUAGAGGGAGAGAGCGCGUGUGUGCCGGAAGCUAGUAUUAUGGGUGACGAUGGGUUAUGAUUGCGAUGAGCGGAGUACAUGGAAUGGUGGUGGGGUCGGGUCGGGUCGGAAGACAAUGAGGUGCAUGGUUUGGCGUUCAGGAUAGGAUAGGCUGGCUUGUUUGCUUAUGUGUGGAAAUAUAAUAUGG